GUACCUACCCUUGAGCUUGAUAUUCUUCAGUUGUCCUCACUCCUCAGGUAGUCAAACAAUGUCCUAAAGAAAUUCAAUUGAAACUCCCAAUUUCUGAACGACACACUACACUAUACUACUAUUCUAUGCCCUUUCCCCCUUUUUCGUCUCUAGGGUUACUGCAACUGCUACAAGAAGAAGCUUCCGCAAUGGAGCGAGACGGCGUCGUUUCGCAGCCAGUUGCGGUUAUCGCUUGCAUCGCAAUGGCCGUGUUCUACGUGGCCAUCCUCUACGCUCCCACCGUGCUCCUUCGUCUCCCACCUCCUCCUUCCUUCAAAACCUACAUGAUUCGUCGCUUCCUAUGCGCCGUCGUUUCGUCUGUUCUUUCACUCUUCAUUUCCGCUCUCAUCCUCCCCGUGCAAACUAAGGAACUGCGCCACAUUCUUGUUGUAUUUGGCAUCCGGAGGGACCAUAUUUGGCAGGCUGUGGUUCUUCCUCUUUGCUUGACCUCUCUAAUGUAUGCUGGGUCUAUAUUCCUCAAGUGUCUUCUGUUGCUGGCUUCUUGGAGGCAACACUCAAGUUCUGAGGCCCUUUCCCUUGAUUCUUUCAAAUGUUCCUUGCAGAGGUUUCUUGACUGGUUAUCUGUGAUUUUGUCAAAUAUUUUGGUGUGGCGAAACUAUGUUUUGGCACCCCUUACUGAGGAGUUGGUGUUUAGGGCAUGCAUGAUACCUUUACUUCUGUGUGGAGGACUUAAAACGUACAGCGCUAUUCUUCUUUGUCCCAUUUUCUUCAGCUUAGCACAUUUAAAUCAUUUCUUGGAGAUUUAUGCCAAGCAAAACUACAGAAUAGUGAAGGCUGCUAUGGUUAUAGGUCUUCAGCUUGGCUACACUGUUGUCUUUGGGUCAUAUGCGUCUUUUCUUUUCGUUCGAACUGGACACCUUAUAGCUCCCUUAGUUGCGCACAUAUAUUGUAAUUUUAUGGGACUGCCUGUAUUGUAUUCGCAGAGAAGUGGGAUUGUAAGUGUAACAUUCAUAAUAGGAUUUCUGGGCUUCUUGUGGCUUCUUUUCCCAAUGACGGGCCCAGAAUUGUAUAAUGAUAGAAUAGAUAACUGCAGUUGUUGGCAAAGCUACUGCACAUGGAGAGAAACGAUAAGAAUGACCCAGAUGUAAACGUUACUAUUUUUUUUUUGGGGAGGGGUUUGGUGGUGAAGGAAGAGUGAACUAAGAAUGAAUUCUAUAAGAACACAGUGACACUCAAAAUUGCUAGAAGUUAAAACUUUCCCCAAAGGGCUCAUAAAUAUCAGCUUCAUAAAUCAUGACAUGAGUAUAGUUUUUAAGAA